CAGUCUUUCCAGAGGAGCGUUGUUCCGGAUUGAUCACGGGCUGGAUGAACGGUCCCCAUCCCAGUGUGGAAGAGGGGGAGGUCACCAGAACCGUCUGCUUCACCUGGAGAGAAUUUACCUGUUAUUGGCGAAGGGAAAUCAAGGUGAAAAACUGCUGCCGUUACUUUGUGUAUCAGCUGAAACCGACGCCCAUCUCCAGCGCCGUGUACUGUACAGCCCCGGAGACGGCUACGACGGAAGAGGCAAAACUAACUGCGACUGAACCGUCAACUGCCCCAAAUGAAGAGCCAUCCUUAGAGGAAGAGGACAAGUGGAUUGAAGUGAUCGUGGCCGCGAGUGGCGGCAUGACUGACGAAGAGGUGCGGGAAGCCACUCGGCACAAGCUCCAGGAGAUGUUCGGUGAUCCAGAUCCUCAGCUCGAGCUUGUGCUGUGCAUGUCGGAGAUUCCGGAGGAGUGAGGGGCGACCCAUCAACGAAUGAAGAGGUCUGCAGUUCCAUCUCCCUGACGCUUCACACCCUCUCCCUUACUCUAUCCUGCCUUAAGCCAAAUAUACUGUCCACAGA